AGUAGGUGUAGAUACAUUGCAUGUAUAAGUCACAGGACUGUCAACAUUCAAUGGGUUAGACAAAGUUAAAGUGCAACUUUCUGUUAUGACUACAUAGCGGCUUCGUGCGAUUAAAUCCAUAAUGUCGUGCAAUAUUUGUCAAAAAAAGUUUUCAUUUUUCACGAAAGAAGUUGCUUGCCCGGGCUGCGGUUUUGCGUACUGCGGUAAGUGCCUCAAAUAUAAAUGUGAUAUUCCAGGUAAAGGAGUAAAAAAGGUCUGCGGACGUUGUUCCAAUAAACAGCGUAACGAUUCCGGUGCGAACAGAUCCGAUUUGACUAACGAAAUGUCCGAGGAACGAGAGGAACCGAUGGCUCCCGUGGACAUCACCAAAAAACUAGAUUUACUGGAGAACCCGGCGAAGCCUCCUAUCGUGAUGUAUGAGCACACCAAUCGAUGGGACAAAUUUAAGAAAGGUCUGGAGCCGGCCGAUCAGGAGAUAGUCGAUAGAUUACGAAAAUUAAAGGAAGAGGACAAAAACGCGGCUUUGAGCGUAGACGAAAUUAAAAGGAGAUUAGCAUUGUUGAAAGACGAAGAUCCAGAUGCUAGUCACAACAAAAUAAACAUAAAUCACGUCGAUACGAGAACGGACCAACAAAAAACGGAUGAUUUGAUAAAGGAAUAUUUGGAGCAACUGGAAUUAACGUCGAGUACCAGUUCGAUCGAUGAGAUCCAAGCGAGACUUAGAUCUCUUCAAGGUAUCAGCGAUGAGUCCAGGAGACGCUCGUCGAACGACGUCGACGACGAUGAAGGACAAAUAACGAAAAGGUUAAUAGCAAAAGCAUUGGUGGAGGCAGAAUUGGAAAAGAAGUACGAAGAGGACGAAGUCGAGAAAAUGGAAGUGGAAGAAAGGCCAGAUAUGGACGACGAUAAGCCUAGCUGUGUGAUGUGCGAUCAAACGGAAAAUUUAGAACGUUGUUUAGGCUGCCACGGGGAUCUUUAUUGCGCCAUAUGCUUCGAAGACAAUCACGAUGAUUUUGAGAUGCAUAAACACAAGAAAGAACCGGCAUAAACCACGAUCUUACCGCGAUAUUAUAUAUCUGAACACGCGUAGGCCGUACCAGAUUCGCUGCACGAAUAUUUGCUACGUACAAUAAUUUUGUUACGAAUAGCGUCAUUUGUAAUUAUUUUCUAUCGAAGUUACCGAUAAGUGCAUUCCUCGUAAUGUACACGGACGAUGCGAACUUUUAUUAAUAACGUGAACUAGUAUUUAACAAGGGCACGAAGCUGAUUUCGGUUGCGAUCAGAGCAAACUUGUUUUUUAUUUGCUUAGUUCCUCUUCGCGUAAUCUAUGCUCUGUGUAUAAUAUAUGCGUUACAAUGAAAAUUAGCUCCAUUCAUUUUAUAGACAAAAUACGUGGUCCUCACCAAAUUUUUAUACUUUCCGCUUCCUGUCUGUGUACAAAAUAAAGAAUAAAUGGAUGAA